AUGGGAUGUUCUCAAUCAAGGUUGGAUGAUGAAGAAGCAGUGAAACUUUGUAAAGAUAGAAAGAGAUUCAUUAAACAAGCUGUUGAGCAAAGAACUCUAUUUGCUAGUGGACAUGUAGCAUACAUCCAAUCUUUGAGAAGGGUUUCAGCUGCUCUUUGUGAUUACUUUGAAGGUGAUGAGUGUCAUGAGUUCUCAUUGGAUUCAAUCGUAACCCCACCUUUCACUCCUGUCAAGAAAACUACUACUCCUGCCACUACCUUCAUUCCCAUAUCAUCAAAAUCCUUCACCCCAACAACAAUUGAGUUUGGACCCAAAACAACUCUGAAAGUGAAUUACCUAAGGCCAGGUGGUAAUCCAGCAAUUUCAGUUGAGGAAAGGCCUCAAUCACCGGAAACGGUUCGAGUUGAAAUGAAUUAUUUUCCCAUGCACCAGUUUGGCAUUGAUGGCUUUUAUAAUAUGCAAUCCUCACCUAUGAAUCCCUCAAUUUUUGCUUAUUCUCCCAUAAACAGGCCUAAUAUCCCUCCCCCUUCACCUCAAUCUACUCAAUGGGAAUCCUUCUGGAACCCAUUUUCAUCAUUAGACUAUUAUGGUUACCCCACCAGAAGUAGCCUUGACCACACUGUUAUGGAUGAUGAGAUCAGAGGACUGAGGCAGGUCAGAGAACAAGAAGGAAUACCAGACCUGGAAGAAGAUGAAACUGAACAAGAAGACAUUGCUGACAAGAGAAAUGUAGCCGAAGAAAGAACCAAAAUUGAUAUAAACUCCUCCAAAGAAGAAGUCAUGGUUGAAGAUGUUAAUGAGGAGGAGGAGGAGGAGGAAGAGGAGGGAACAGAUGUUGUUGAAACAAGAACUGCACAUGAAGUCUCAGACUCGCAAGCCAAUGGAAGUGAAUGUUUUCAAGUAUCAAAAGCUCAAACUACGGGUCAGGAAUUGGAAGUUGGUAAUCAAGAAGCUCAGGAAGAAACACCUGGUUUUACUGUUUAUGUAAACAGAAGGCCAACAAGCAUGGCUGAAGUGAUCAGAGAUCUUGAUGCUCAAUUCACAAUAGUCUGCAAUGCAGCCAAUGAUCUAUCAUCACUGUUAGAGGCCAAGAAAGCGCAGUAUUUAUCAACAUCUAAUGAGCUGUCAGCAUCAAAGUUGUUAAACCCUGUAGCUUUGUUCCGCUCAGCUUCUUCACACUCAUCCUCAUCAAGAUUUUUAAUGAAUUCUUCAAGCACGGGGGAUGAAGGAUUUGAAGGCACUGAUGAUCUGUCAGAAGAAAAUUGUUCGUUUGCUGUUAGUCAUCAAUCUACACUAGACAGAUUAUAUGCUUGGGAAAAGAAGCUCUAUGAGGAAGUCAAGUCUGGAGAACGUGUUCGAAUUGCAUAUGAGAAGAAAUGUCAGCAACUCAGGAACCAUGAUGUGAAUGGAGAGGAACCCUCUUAUGUGGAUAAAACAAGAGCAACCAUUAGAGAUCUUCAGACCCAACUAACAGUUUCAAUACACUCAGUUGAAGCUAUUUCCCGGAGAAUUGAAACUCUAAGGGAUGAAGAGUUGCAUCCCCAGCUUCAUCAAUUAAUGCAAGGGCUGGCAAAGAUGUGGAAAGUGAUGGCAGAAUGUCAUGAGACACAAAAGAGAACUUUAGAUGAAGCUAAGAUUCUUCUAGCUUACACAGAUGCCAGAAAACAGUGCGCCAGAUCAAUAACUGAUCCACAAAGGCUUGCUCGUUCUUCCUCCAAUCUUGAAACUGAAUUGAGAAAUUGGCGAAACACCUUUGAGUCGUGGAUCACAUCUCAAAGAUCCUAUAUUCAUGCUCUAACUGGAUGGCUUCUAAGAUGUGUUACAUGUGAGCCUGAUCCAUCAAAGUUAGCAUGCUCUCCUCGUAGGUCCAGUGGCACACACCCAUUAUUUGGACUCUGUGUUCAGUGGUCAAGGCGUCUAGAUGCCAUCCAAGAAACAGCAGUGCUUGAUGCCAUAGACCUUUUUGCAGCUGGUAUAGGGUCCCUUCAUGCACAACAGCUAAGGGAAGAUUCUCGAAGAAAUCAAGUUGGAUCAAAUGAUAAUAUGCAAAUGGUGGAAGUUGGUGGUGAAGUAGAAGAGGUAAUGACUACUGAGAAAUUGGUUGAUGUUGCUAUUAAGGUACUUUGUGCUGGUAUGUCAACUGCUAUGAGCUCAAUGGCAGAGUUUGCUGUUGAUUAUGCUGAGGGAUACAAUGAACUCGUUAAGAAAUGGGAGAAUGUUAACUUGCAGCACAUUUCUUGUGGGACUGGAACUUAG